AAGAGGCUGUGUCUUAGCCAAAAUGAGGGAAAAUAAGAACAUGUCUGAGUCCCCCUCUCCAGCGGGAAAAGAAAUACCAGCGAAAAAACAGAAACUAAGCAGUGACGAGAACAGUAACCCCGACCUGUCAGGAGACGAGAAUGAUGAUGCCGUUAGCGUGGAAAGUGGGACCAACACGGAGCGCCCAGACACCCCCACCAACACAGCCAAUGCCCCUGGCAAAAAGAGCUGGGGCAAGGGCAAGUGGAAGUCCAAGAAGUGCCGCUACUCCUUUAAAUGUGUCAACAGCCUGAGGGAGGAUCAUGGGCAGCCUCUUUUUGGAGUUCAGUUUAAUUGGAACAGUAAAGAAGGGGACCCACUGGUGUUCGCGACUGUUGGGAGCAACAGGGUAACUCUAUACGAAUGUCACUCUCAGGGAGAAAUCCGGCUGCUGCAGUCCUAUGUAGACGCCGAUGCCGAUGAGAACUUCUACACAUGUGCCUGGACCUAUGACACCAACACCAGCCACCCUCUGCUGGCUGUGGCCGGCUCCCGCGGUAUCAUCCGAGUCAUCAACCACAUCACCAUGCAGUGCAUCAAGCAUUAUGUAGGUCAUGGAAAUGCCAUUAAUGAAUUGAAGUUCCACCCCAGGGACCCUAACCUCCUCCUUUCUGUCAGUAAAGACCAUGCACUGCGCCUGUGGAACAUCCAGACUGACACUUUAGUGGCAAUCUUUGGAGGCGUGGAGGGACACAGAGAUGAAGUGCUCAGUGCUGAUUUUGACCUCCUGGGUGAAAAGAUCAUGUCCUGUGGGAUGGACCACUCCCUGAAACUGUGGAGGAUUAACUCGGAGAGAAUGCAGAAAGCUAUCAGAGGCUCAUAUGAAUACAAUCCUUCAAAGACAAACAGACCUUUUGUCUCACAGAAAAUCCACUUCCCGGACUUCUCCACUCGUGACAUUCAUAGAAACUAUGUGGAUUGUGUGCGCUGGCUGGGAGACCUCAUCCUUUCCAAGUCUUGUGAAAACGCCAUUGUGUGUUGGAAACCAGGAAAGAUGGAGGAUGACAUAGACCAUAUAAAACCAAAUGAGUCAAACGUGACCAUUCUGGGCCGCUUUGAUUACAGCCAGUGUGACAUCUGGUACAUGCGCUUCUCCAUGGACUUUUGGCAGAAGAUGCUGGCUUUAGGGAACCAAGUGGGGAAGCUUUACGUGUGGGACUUGGAAGUGGAAGACCCCCACAAAGCCAAAUGUACCACGCUGACACUCCCCAAGUGCACGUCGGCCAUCAGACAGACCAGCUUCAGCCGGGACAGCAGCAUCCUGAUCGCGGUGUGUGACGACGCCUCCAUCUGGCGUUGGGACCGACAGCGCUGAGAACACCCAAGACUAGAUUAUUUACAUUAUUCACCUAACCAUAGUUACACGCACGCUGCAAAAUCAUCCAUUUUCAACAGUUUUCUCCACAAUACUAUAGCAAUUUGAAAGUGGCAGUAACUAGAUGUCUUUGAGUGCCUUGUUUAUUGAAUUACAACUUUUGCAAGAUAUCACCCCGCUGGUUCAUAAUGGAUGGUUUUGCAGUAUAAUAGAACAACUGACUUUUCUUAGUUAUUUUGAAAUGCAUUCCUUUGUGUUUUUCUCUCCUUUUGCUUUCCCUCCUUUCCUCAAAAAAGUCUUGAUAAUAAAAUAUUGUGAAUUUGUGCAAUACAGAUAAGUACGUUUGGGGCACCUGUUAUGGACACGGUAUUAAGUACUUAAGGAUCAGCAUGUUUUACUUUUAUCAUGUUUUACAUUUUGCGUAAGGAACUUUUAUGUGACUGCGUAAAGCUCUCUCCUGCAAGUAUUAGUGUUGAGAUGGCCCUUGUUUUUAAAAUAGUGAAAAUAUUUGGAUAAUGGUUGGAUUUAUUGUCAUUUUAUUUGUCUAGUUGUCAUAUGAAGAUAGAGUUGGAAUCUGGUGCCAACAUAAAAGAAUUGGAAGGUUUCAGUUUUUUACAGUACACUUGUAUGCCAACUCAUGUGGACUUAAAUAAAGCUAUUUUUCUACA